AUUCAUCAAAUAUUGACAUCCCCACAAAACCACAAUACACUUUCGGUUGCGGCAAACCUCUUCCAAGAGUCCACGACCCCACUCUCUCUUUCUCUCUUCUAAACACAGAUUGAAGGCUUUUCAAUGGAGGAUGACAUUGAUAAAAUACUAUGGACUUCCGAAGAUAUUUCAAACAGAGUCUCCGAACUCGCUGCUCAACUCACCCACGACAUCUCUGCCACCGAAUUGCCGGUCUUCGUCGGCGUUGCUACCGGUUGUUUCGUCUUUUUAGCCGAUUUAGUCCGACGAGUAUCGUUACCGGUUUCCAUCGAUUUAGUUCGUGUUAGCUCUUAUGGCGCCGGUACUCUCUCUAAUGGCUCCCCUUCUAUCUCUUCUGACUUGAAGCUCGAUGUCACCGACAAACACGUUGUUUUGGUUGAAGACAUUGUGGAUACAGGAAACACCUUAUGUCGGCUCAUUGAACAUUUGAAAUCGAAGGGAGCAUCUUCUGUGUCAGUAUGUACCUUCCUUGAUAAGCCAUCAAGGCGGAAGGUUAACGUAGAGCUGGUGGGGAAUGGAAAGUUCUAUCGAGGCUUUGAGUGUCCAGAUUAUUUUGUGGUAGGCUAUGGAAUGGACUUUGCUGAGCUUUAUAGAAACCUGCCAUAUGUGGGCGUUCUGAAGCCCAGAUGUUACCAAGGAGUCAAAGAGGAACUUCCAAAGAACUGAGGCUAGAAAGUUGUAUGUCUACAUUGUUAACAAAGAGAUAGUAUAUACAUACGUCUGCAAUUCCUUGCUGGAUGUUUUGAACAUCAGCAUUGUGUCUAUUCUCUUGCUGUAAGUUGUAAAUGCCUUCCUAGUUGAAUAAAAGUGCAAUUCUUCUUACCAUUCUUGUGCAAAUGAUGAUCAUUGACAUCUGUUUGAGUUAAA